AAGGCAUUCGAUUUGGCAGAUCGGUCACCCGACCAGUCGGUAUCAAAAUCUCAAAUCUUGUUUGUUAUUUGUCAAUUGUUGGUCUAGAAAUUUUUUUUGUUUUUUUUUUCGAUUCCGGAAGAUCUGUAUCUUUUCCCGCUGAUUACUCCACCGGCAGAGGACACGCGAAAUUCAAUGUUCGGCUAGGACCGAGUGGCCGCCCCUGGAGUGUACUGGAGAGGAGGAGCCGAGGAAGGAGCCGGAGCAAUCGAAGAAGCCAUCUCCGUUGGGAUUCACGUGCACGUUGCACGUUGCACGUCCAAGGUACUGCUGUUGUUGAAGGGUGAAUCCACAUGGGGAAUACUAUGUGAGAGCCAAGAGCAGCAGCAGCAGGAGCAGCAGCCGCAGCAGUGGCAGGAGUGGCAGGAGUGCCAGAAGAGAGCAGACAAGAAGGAGUGGACGAAGCCGCCAAAAGCCUAGCCAGAAGAAGGCUCCUCAGAAGAGGACGCAGACGAAGGUCCUGCACCAAGAUGGCCAUACACGAGCAGAUCGACAACCUGAACAUCUGGUGGUUCCCGCGCGACUUCUGCCAGUCAAGAUUCGGGGAGUUCCAGCAGAGCGGCACCAACUCGUGCACCCUCAUCUCGCUGAUCCUGGCCGACAAGGUGUCCAAGGCGGAGCGGUUCUACCACCGGGUGUCGAACAUGCCGCCGCGCGGCAUGGAGCUGUUCGGCCACGCCAUGAACGAUGGCAACAAGGUCUACCACAACGUGAUCUCGGCCAACACGCCGCACGUGCGCAACCUCAACCUGAACAUCCCCGACGCGAUUGCGGCCAUUCGGUCGCAGCACAAGAUGAACUUCCGGCUGGAGGAGUGGUUCUACACGCACAUGGAGGCGGACACCUCCAGUCCCAUGUACAACCGGAACGUGGCCAUGCAGCUGUCCCGCAUCUUCCAGAUCACCCUGCAGGUCUUCCAGCAGGCCAUCGGCCAGGUGGCACCCACCCAGCUGUUCGCCGCCAUCAUUGCGGACAGUCGAACGGUGAUGGUGACCUUCGAUUUUCGGGUCUCGAUCGUCGCCCUCUUCGACUCCCACCAGCACGGCCGCGACGCGGGUGCCGUGUUCGCCCAGUGCACCCUCCAGAACAUGGACGACCUGCUCUUCUGGUUCAUCAGCAUGCUCCACAACGUCUACUCGAGCCGUCCCGCCCUCUUCGAGAUCUCGUUCCUCAGCUCGCAGCCGGGAGUGGCGAAGCAUAUUCCGCCGGCCAUCAAGAAGAUUGCGGGCGACCUCAAAAAGUCCACCAAGAACUAUGUGGCCUCGUAGCACUGCAGAGCCCCAGUGUCCCCCCGGUACACAGCCCGUCUGCAUCAGGCAUCAGGCAUCAGGCAUAUAGCAUCUGACAUCUGUCAUCUGGGAACGGGCUCAGGCCCAAAAUUGAUAUAGCCAAAAUUCCAAAAUAGGCUAAUCGAAGAUUUCAGACCUCUAACCAAAUUCCAAAUUCAAAAUUCCAAACUGACCUUCAAUAAACCAAAAACGAACACCACUCGAGUAAUACCUGUAUGGGGGAGCCAUAAGAGCGCAAAUAGAAACUGGCCGAGAGGUGCUGCUGCAUGACGCAUCAAACGAAGCAUCGUAUCUAAGGUCCUUGCCUCUUGGAAAUGAUCAGAAGAACGAAUGACAAGCUACACUUUAAGAAAAGUCAUAACCCUAUCAUUUUCUUGCGAAAAAUGUAUUGUAAUCAAAUUUCGCUACUAGGCGGGCCGAGAGGAUGUUCCGUUCGGGUAGUGGAAGGAAGAGCAUCCUUCCGGUUUCGAUAUUAAAACUCUAAAUCCUCCCCAAGUCUUUCCCUUUUAUCCCUAUCUUACA